UGAAGUGAGCCCUGAAGGCUCGCAGCCGAGGGGGUCCGGGCAGGCUGGGCUUCGGGGUCCGGAGGUCGUGGAGUUGGGUCGCAACAGUCCUUAGGAGACGCGAUGCAGUCGAACAAAGCCAAUAUGGAGACCACAGCCCCAGGGCCCAUUCACCUGCUGGAGCUAUGUGACCAAAAGCUUAUGGACUUUGUCUGCAACAUGGACAAUAAAGACAUGGUGUGGCUCCUGGAAAUUGAAGAGGAGGCCAAGCGCAUGUUCACCAGAGAAUUCAGCAAAGAGCCCGAGCUGAUGCCCAAGACUCCUUCUCAGAAGAACCGACAGAAGAAGAGACGAGUUUCUAAUGUUCAGAAUGAAAAUCGGGAUCCCAUCAGGAAAAGGUUAUCCCGCAGAAGGACUCGGAGCAGCCAGCUGAGCACCCGACAGCUCCGCAGCAGAGACAAGGUGGAGAAACUGGCCACCGUAGUGGCAGAGAACGGCUCCCCGGUGCUGCGGCGGAUAACCAGGGCGGCUGCCGCAGCUGCAGCAGCUUCUGUGCCAUCGGCUGCUCCUUUGCCCACCUCUGGGUCUCCCAUAGAACUGACCAAGAAGGUUACGGUGAAGAUAGGCAUCAGUGACCGCCAGAAUGCAGAGAGGCGUCUCACUGAGCUCACAGCUGCCCUGACUCUGUCAGAAGCUGUGAACCCCACCCCACCUCCAGCUUCUCAGGACGUCUUGAUUUCAGAUGAAGAACCAACACCCAAGAAAUCAGAGGCUGGGAGACUGGAGUCUGUCACAGUGAGCUCCCUGAUGACUACCCCCCAGGACCCUAAGAAUGGAGGGGCUGGAACAGGGCGAUCUGCCUCUAAGCUUAAGAUUGCUCAAGCUUCCCGGGACUCAACUGACUCUUCAUAUUAUCCAUGGCAAGAGCGAGUGCUGGUCCCCAUCCUGCCAGAUAACUACUCCAAAACCAACGGCUCCCGUAGGCAUACUCGGUCAAUGCGGCACAGCCUGAUUCCUUCAGGGCCCCAAGUCUCACUGGCCCAACAGUACUCCCUGGCCCACAAGUACUCCCUUGUGACCAAACAGGAUGGUACCAGCCGCAGAUCAAGCAGAAGGGUUUCCAAGAAGGCCACCAAAGAGCCAGCUGCUUCUGCCCGCAUCAUCUGUCACAGCUACUUGGAGAGGCUCCUGAAUGUUGAGGUACCUCAGAAAGCUGGUCCAGAGCAGGAUCCCAGCAAGGAGGCUGAGUCCAGAGAGGCAGCGGAGACAGAGGUCUCUAAGAAUGAUGGGAGCACGUUGUGUACCUUUAGUACACCCAGACUGAAGCCUGGGGCAUAUAGACAAGAAGCAUCCCCUCAACAGCAGCAGGAGUCCAAGACUGACCCAGCAGAUGGACACAGGGAGCCACCCCAGAGCAUCAGAAGGAAACGUAGCUAUAAGCAGGCGAUGAGUGAGUUGGAUGAGGAGAAUUUCCAGGAGGAUGAGGACCUACAGCCCCCCAGGACCAAGACCCCUUCUCCGCCCUGUCCAGCCAACAAGGUGGUGCGGCCCCUCCGGACCUUCCUGCAUACAGUACAGAGGAACCAGUUGCUCAUGACCCCUACCUCGGCCUCCCGCAGCAGCAUCAUGAAAUCCUUCAUUAAGCGCAAUACUCCUCUGCGCGUGGACCCUAAGUGCAGCUUUGUUGAGAAGGAGCGGCAGCGCCUGGAGAACCUUCGGCGGAAGGAGGUGGCGGAGCAGCUGCGCAGGCAGAAAGUGGAGGAGGACAAGCGGCGGCGGCUGGAGGAAGUGAAGCAGAAGAGGGAAGAGCGCCUCCGCAAGGUGCUGCAGGCCCGAGAGCGGGUGGAACAGAUGAAGGAGGAGAAGAAGAAGCAGAUUGAGCAGAAAUUCGCUCAGCUUGAUGAGAAGACGGAGAAGGCCAAAGAGGAACGGCUAGCCGAGGAGAAGGCCAAGAAGAAGGCUGCAGCCAAGAAGAUGGAAGAGGUGGAGGCCCGCAGGAAGCAGGAGGAGGAGGCACGCAGGCUCAAGUGGCUCCAACAGGAGGAGGAGGAGCGGCGCCACCAAGAGCUGCUGCAGAAGAAGAAGAAGGAGGAGGAGGAACAGGAGCGGCUGCGCAAGGCCACUGAGGCCAGGCGGCUGGCGGAGCAGCGGGAGCAAGAACGGCAGCAGGCUGAGCAGGAGCGACGGCGACUGGAGCAAGAGCGGCUCCAGGCCGAGAAGGAGAAGGAGAAGGCCAUGCGGCUACAGAAGGAGCGGCUGCAGAAGGAACUGGAGGAGAAAAAGAAGGAGGAGCAGCAGCGUCUGGCUGAGCAGCGGCUACAGGAGGAGCAGAAGAAAGCCAAGGAGGAGGCAAGGGCCGGCAAAAACCUGAACGUGACCGUGGACGUGCAGUCUCCAGUUUGUACCUCAUAUCCAAUGACUCCACAAGGGCCCAAGAGCCACCCCAAAAUCAACCCAGAUAACUAUGGGAUGGACCUGAAUAGUGAUGACUCCACUGAUGAUGAGGCUCAUCCCCGGAAGCCCAUCCCCAUCUGGGCCAGAGGCACCCAGCUCAGCCAGGCCAUCGUCCACCAGUACUACCACCCCCCGAACCUUGCGCAGCUCUUUGGAACCAUUCUCCCCCUGGACUUGGAGGACAUCUUCAAGAAGAGCAAGCCCCGCUACCACAAGCGCACCAGCUCUGCUGUGUGGAACUCACCGCCUCUGCAGGGGCCCCGGGUCCCCAGCAGCCUGGCCUACAGCCUGAAGUACUGAGGCACGCGUGCACUCUGCCCUUCCGGCAGUCUUGGGACCUGUGUCUUGUCUGUGUCUGUCUAUUUUGUCUGUGUGGUGUGCGUGUUGGGCUGGUGCCCUGCCGCCUGGUGUGCCAUGGCUGAGGGCUCUGCCGUGGAGUGGCUGUGGCUGUCCUCUGAGUGCCAGGCUUCUGUGCUGCAAGGGGAAAGGGGGCCCCAGACCAGGUUGGAGGUUGGUUCAAGAACUAGGAGCAGCCCCAACUGGCCCUCAGGCAGUACUGUGUAUAUAGAUUCUUCUAUUUCAGUUGAAUUUUAGUUUCUAGUGUCUGAGAGGUAGAUUAAUAAAGUAUAUGCCUUGAAGCCUGCUGUGGAUAUUGUGGAGAUGGGGGUUUUCAGUAGAAUGUUCUGGAGGCACUGCAGUGUACCUCAAGAUCACCUGUGGGGUCGGGGCCCACCCUGAGGUACUGGUGUGUGGGUGAUUCUGAUCAGACAACCCCCAGGAAAUGGGUUAGUAUCUCGUGAUGGUGCAGGUAAA